AUGUCGUCAAGUGCACCUACAAACCUCCGCAAGGUCGUCAUCGAGGGUCUGCAAAAGAUCAGGGAUGUCGAGCAAAAUGAAUGGACUGCCACCCUAGACCAAGACUCCGGGUUGUACACCGUCUCUAUGACCUUGAAUGAAGACGAGGUGAUAUGGCAUGGGCUUUGGAACAAAAUCGAAGAGUUCGGCUUUACGAUGCCUAAAAUACUGGUGAAUGGUGGUAUCGAACACCAAAAAGAGAUGCCGGAAUUCCUGGUGAAAGAACACGACGAAGUCCUUGUGGUAGCAGACGAUCAAGCUUCCACUCCCACCACAAUAAAGAUCAGUGAAACGCUAAUAUCACACGCAAAUUCGCACCACGUUCCACCUCUUGAAUUCAGAAUCGAUGAACUGAGUACUUCUCGGCGUGAGGUACGAGACAAUCGUGGGUUUUGCGUAACGUUUGAGCGAACUGUACGCAUACCCGACGAUAACAAAUUACACCACCUGCCAUCCUCCUUGGGACGGUAUGAGCUCUUCAGCGUAGACGCUUACUCGAAACGCCUCCCACAAAAAGUCAAAGAAGCAGGUGGUGUCUUCUUCUCAAUGUGGCAGAGAGAAGCCAUGUGGCUCAACUUCCAGCAAGGCUCUCAUAAGUAUGCAGUACGGAUCUUCGUCGGCCAUGUGAAUGCCAUAACUGGGCAAGAAAUGCAAAAGGAACUGGAUAAGAAAGAUCAGAGCAAGUUGCAGGACUACGUCGUCAUACCCGGACAGAAAUGGCUGGAUGGUAUUUGUGUAGCUCCCGGUAUCGUUCGUCAGUUCGUUGCCAUGCCAUUGGGUUCUGGGUAUACCGUCGAGGGCCAGAAAACUUCCGAAGAAAAGCAUGGAGGACUGCAGCUCGAAGUCACACCUGAAAUAAUUCAAGGCAAACGAUUGUGGUCGUACGCAAAACGACAUUACAUCACAUUCAAAGGCAAUAACAAAUACCGAAACGAUGGGCUGAAAGAGUCUUAUACCCCUGGUGAACUUGGUUGCAAAAUCGGAGAUAUACUGAGAUCGUAUGCAACUGAUGCAGCCUACCGAACACCUUUUCGAAUUCGAGACUUGGUCACUUCAGAGGUCGAGGAAAUGGGCGGGGAUAAGCUUCCUCAAAAUACUGAUUCGUCUUUGGCGGCUCUUGUUAAACUCAAAGCUGAGGGCUGCUUCAUGUCCGAUAUGCCUACCCCAAUGCCAAUGUUGACGCGCCCGUUAUUUUCGUUCCAACCAUUCAAUUCAGGACCCAUAGAGAAAUCCCCUGCAACGGCUGCUCCGCUCGCACAUAGAACCACAGUAGACACAUUGAGCUUAUCGCACCGAGACGAAUUGGUAGCACCCAAACGGCGACGCAUUAGUGCAGGGUACAAAAGACACAGUGAAGGAUCAUCUGAUGUUCGGUCUCGCGAAGAUGCAGACGAAGGCAGAAAAGGAUUGAUAGAGCUUACCGAAGCCCAAGUCAAGAACAUCCAGACCAUGGGCUUAGCUGCCGGAGGGAAACUAAACAGAAAUCCCCCCACAAUAUGGAACCACGCCGCAGCACGCAUCGUUCACGUGCACAUGCUUGAUCCCGAGAGCUGCGAAAUAGUCACACAUAUUGUUCCUCGGCCCCCACCCAUAGACGCGAAGAGGUACGCCAAGACUGGCGGUCAGUUCUGGGUUGUCGAAGAGAAAGUCGAUGAGCGACUUGAUGGCGGAGAUUUCGACAGCGUCAAGAGUGUCAGCCAGAUGGACAAACAUGUGGGUAUAACCACGGAACCGGAAUUCAAUCCGACAAGACCCAAAAUGUGUACGACGUGUGAGAUUCGACUGUGUGAUUGCAUCGUACGCCCCUGCAACCACCAAUUUUGCAAUAUAUGCAUCAAAGCAAUUGAGGAAGGCAGCGCCACCGAACCUGAUUCCCAACAAACAACGCCCUGGAAAUGUCCCACUUGCAGCACCCCCAUCUCCCGUGUUGCCGGCUUCUCCGCACCUAUGAAUCUACCCGGCGAGGAGCCCAUGCUCCGCACCAAAGUCCCCGUGAACGUGCUCAAGGUUGAAGACGGGAGAGCGAGAUUUACGAGCGUGCAGAUGUCCAGGGUUUAA